AAGUCCCACUCUCAAAAAUUCACUGGUCCCUCCUUUUUCUCACUUCUCUCUCUCUCCCCUGCAAUUUGAGCUAACAUAGAAAAGCACUGGUUACUACCACAGCUACACUCUUUUACAGCUUACCAUUUGCUCAAAUGAACUGAGCAUCACCUCACCUCACUUCACUUCAUUUCUUUUUCUUUACAAGAUCUAUUUUUUAUUUUCUUUUAACUCUCUUUAAUUAUCUGUUCUUCCCCAAGAAGUAGAGAUCUACUCCAAAUGUUUCGCCCUCUGCUCCUCUUCUUCCUUCUGCUGUUAGGGACUCGGGCGAACGGGUGGACACUUGGUAAUCAUGGGAGUGGGAAAGUGUUUUCAUUCUUCAGUCGAUUCUGGAGUGAGUCUGUCGCUAACAGAGAUGUUGAUGAUCCUGCAUCAUUGAACUUGGACAAAGUGAGUGCUCUUAGUCAACCCAAGGCAGAUUCCCGGAGAUUAUCGUCUAGCCCAGCCAAAACGAGUGCCAUCAGUCAUGCUGUGGCAGUGGGUGGCAUAGGUGCCAACUGGGGCUCACAGUCGUCUCACCGCCUGCCACCUGAUAAAGUGGUGAGGAUGCUAAGAGAAAACGGCAUUCAAAAAGUUAAGCUUUUCGAUGCUGAUUACGACACAUUAAAAGCUCUGGGUGGGUCGGGGAUCGAGGUCAUGGUUGGCAUUCCCAAUGACAUGCUUGCAAAUUUUGCCAGCAGUUCGAAGGCUGCUGAAAAAUGGGUUUCACAGAACGUCUCCCAUCAUCUCACCUCCAAUGUGCUGAUCAGGUACGUAGCUGUUGGAAAUGAACCUUUCUUGGAGACAUACAACGGAAGCUUUCUCAGGACAACUUUCCCGGCUCUCAAAAAUGUUCAAGACGCCCUGACAAAAGCAGGCCUUCGCAACCAAGUAAAGGUCACUGUCCCCCUCAAUGCCGACGUCUACACCACGGCAAGUGGCUUGCCAUCUGGAGGUGAUUUUCGAGCUGAUAUUCAUGAUUUCAUGAUCCCAAUUGUCAAGUUACUGAGUGAUAAUGCAGCCCCAUUUACGGUCAACAUAUACCCCUUCAUAAGCCUCUACACAGACUCCAACUUCCCUGUCGAAUAUGCCUUUUUUGAUGGGAACGCUACACCUGUGAACGAUGGAGGUACGAGUUACUACAACAUGUUUGAUGCCAACCACGACACUCUUGUCUGGGCAUUACAGAAGAAUGGGUUUGGAAAUUUACCUAUUAUAGUUGGCGAAAUCGGCUGGCCCACAGACGGUGAUAAGAAUGCCAAUGUAGAAUACGCUCAGCGGUUCAACCAAGGCUUCAUGACUCAUAUAUCAGGUGGAAAGGGAACCCCCAUGAGGCCUGGCCCGAUCAACGCUUACCUAUUCAGCUUGAUCGAUGAGGACCAAAAGAGCAUUCAGCCCGGAAACUUUGAGCGCCACUGGGGAAUAUUUAGGUACGACGGCCAACCUAAGUACGGCCUCAACCUCGGCACGACGAGUUCAGGAACUCUGGUCCCUGCAAGAAACGUGAGCUACUUGGACAGCAAAUGGUGUAUAAUGAAGCCAAAUGCAAGGCUCGACGACUCUCAGGUCGCUCCGAGCGUGAGCUACGCUUGUGGGCUCGCCGACUGCACUGCUUUGGGUUAUCAGACGUCAUGCAGCAAUUUGGACGCACGGGGGAAUAUUUCGUAUGCGUUCAACAGCUACUAUCAGCAGAACAAUCAGCUCGACGAAGCCUGCAAGUUCAACGGCCUCGGGACGAUAACGAGAGCGGAUCCGACCACCGGAACCUGCAGGUUUAAUAUCAUGAUCAAGGCAUAUUAUAGUGGUGCAGGAAGAAUUUCAGGCUUUUCUCGGAAGACAUUGUCGUUGGCUCUGGGACUAACCAUCUUUUUCUUGAUUUAUUUGUGAGUUUGAUGGUGGGGAGAAGGUUGCUAGCAUUCAAUGUGAAAACUGCCCAUGAUUUUCUUCUUUUUUUUUGUUUUUGUCUUAAUUUGGAGGGGUUGGGAUUAUUAGCAUUUGAUGGGAAGUUUGUAGGGUUGGGAUAAGAUAUUGUUCCCAAGUGCUUAAUGCCUAAUCAAUGGAGAAUUUGGAAUUA